ACAGCUGGCAGGAGGCAGCCUGGGGGACACAGCUGCUUCAGCGGGCUCAUGGCUGAGUGAGCCUCCCUUGGGCCCAGCAACCUACCCCAGCAUGGUCCAGGCCUGUGAGGGUCGCUCCAGAGCACAGCUGCCGACCUUGUCUUUGGGGGCAGCCAUGACCCAGCCUCCACCCACCAACGCUCCGGCCAAGAAGCAUGUGCGGCUGCAGGAGAGAAGGGGCUCCAGUGUGGCUCUGAUGCUGGAUGUGCGGUCUUUGGGCACUGUUGAGCCCUUCUGCUCAGUGAACACGCCCCGGGAAGUCACCCUACACUUUCUGCGCACAGCUGGACACCCCCUUACAUGCUGGGGGCUACAGCACCAGCCACCCAGCCCCAAGCAGCUAGAGGAGGAAUUCUCGAAGAUACCCACAAACUUUGUCAGCCCUGAAGACCUGGAUAUCCCUGGCCACGCCUCCAAAGACAGAUACAAGACCGUCUUGCCAAAUCCCCAGAGCCGUGUCUGUCUUGGCCGGGCACACAGCCAGAAAGACAGCGACUACAUCAAUGCCAAUUACAUACGAGGCUAUGAUGGGAAGGAGAAGGUCUACAUUGCCACCCAGGGCCCCAUGCCCAACACUGUAGCGGACUUCUGGGAGAUGGUGUGGCAAGAAGAAGUAUCCCUCAUUGUCAUGCUCACCCAGCUCCGAGAGGGCAAGGAGAAAUGUGUACACUACUGGCCCACAGAAGAGGAAACCUAUGGGCUCUUCCAGAUCCGCAUCCAGGAAAUGAGAGAACACCCAGAAUAUACUGUGAGACAGCUUACCAUCCAGUACCAAAAGGAAUGCCGAUCGGUAAAGCACAUCCUCUUCUCAGCCUGGCCAGACCACCAGACUCCAGAGUCGGCUGGGCCGCUGCUGCGCCUGGUGGCCGAGGUGGAGAGCCCAGAGACAGCUGCCAACCCCAGGCCUAUCGUGGUUCACUGCAGCGCAGGGAUUGGCCGGACAGGCUGCUUCAUCGCCACCCGCAUCGGCUGCCAGCAGCUGAAGGCCCGAGGGGAAGUGGACAUUCUGGGCAUCGUGUGCCAGCUGCGCCUAGACAGAGGAGGCAUGAUCCAGACGGCAGAGCAGUACCAGUUCCUGCACCAUACUCUGGCCCUGUAUGCAGCCCAGCUGCCUCCGGAGCCCAGCCCCUGACCCCUGACCCUCCACCGGUUCAGGGACCAACCUCCCCUCAGGCCUGGGACAGCUUCUGCAUAAGCACAGGAAAGGGAGCCUCGGCCGUGAGGAUGCUUCAGCCUCAGGAAAUUGCUCCCAGCAAGCAAAGGAGGAGCCAGGCCGCAGGGCUUCCCCACCAACUAGUCCUCUGCCUUUGUCUGUGGCUCCCAGUGGACUAUAGGGGAGCUUCCUGUGGCUCUGAACUUACAGAUAAGAGCUGACACUUGAAAUGGAUUGAGAAUAAUCCCCCAACCAUGGGGUGCUGGCUUAUCUAUGUGCUCUCUAUGGGCUUCUUUCCUUGUGGAUGACAUAAAGAGUCAGUUCUUUGCUGCCAUCA